AACCGCGUAUUGUCACCACAGCAUCACUCAAAGCUCGAAGCUUCCAGGUGAUUCCCUCCAUCCAUUAUAGAAUUACCAAAAUCAUAGCAACCCCAGAAAGCUUCCAACUUUUUUCUGUUUACUACUUUUAAUCGUCAAUUGAUUCCGGAAUAUUGAAGCAAUAUAUAAACCCAGAUCCCCCAUCCCAGCUUCUCACCCUCAGCUCUAAUCUUUCAAUUCAGGUUCUGAAAUUUAUUGGUGUAGUUGAUUUGGUGUGCCAGAAAGGAAAAACAUAGUCUUGUUAAGAGUCAGGGAAUCUCUUAAGGUAUUUGGAUUCAUGGGAGGAAGUAUUUCUAAGGACGGUAGUUUGAGGGAGAACUCAUCAUUCCGUUCCGCUUCAUCUUCAUGGGAUCCUCAAUCGGAAUAUCCUCAGACAACACAUGAUCAAGAAAAUCAGGAUUCUAAUUAUAUGCCACAGCAGAAUGAUGCCCCACCGCAGUAUUACCAGCCUCCACCUCUGCAAGAGCAUUAUGAUGAUAGAAGGAGAUUCGAUAGGAGGUACUCAAAAAUUGCAGACAACUAUAAUUCCUUAGAAGAGGUUACUGCGGCUCUUGCAAAUGCAGGCCUUGAAUCUUCCAAUCUCAUUGUGGGUAUUGAUUUCACAAAGAGUAAUGAAUGGACAGGUAAAAAGUCAUUCCAUGGAAAAAGUUUGCAUCAUAUUAGUGAUGGCUUAAACCCCUAUGAACAAGCAAUAUCUAUCAUUGGGAAGACGUUAGCUGCAUUUGACGAGGAUAAUAUGGUUCCCUGUUACGGAUUUGGAGAUGCAUCAACAAAUGAUCAAGAUGUCUUCAGUUUCUACUCAGAUGAGAGAUUCUGUCAUGGAUUUGAGGAAGUUUUAAGCCGGUAUAGAGAAAUUGUGCCACAUCUACGGCUUGCAGGACCUACCUCUUUUGCUCCCAUUAUUGAAAUGGCAAUGACCAUUGUUGAGCAGAGUGGUGGCCAAUAUCAUGUGUUAGUAAUAAUUGCAGAUGGGCAGGUAACAAGAAGUGUUGAAACUGAGCAUGGCUAUCUGAGUCCACAAGAACAGAAGACUGUUGAUGCCAUUGUACAAGCUAGCAAGCUUCCAUUGUCAAUUGUAUUGGUCGGUGUUGGAGAUGGGCCUUGGGAUACGAUGAAGGAAUUUGAUGACAACAUCCCUGCUAGAGAAUUUGAUAAUUUCCAGUUUGUGAACUUUACGGAGAUUAUGUCUAAGAAUAAUUCCCAAAAUCGGAAAGAGACAGAAUUUGCAUUGGCUGCAUUAAUGGAGAUUCCUUCACAGUAUAAGGCCACAAUAGAGCAUAAUAUUCUAGGAUGUCGGAACGGAAAUAUUCCCGAGAGAGUUCCGCUUCCUCCUCCUGUGUAUGGUGCAUAUUCUUUUAACAGCUCAAAACCUUCCUGGUCUACCAGUUUUCAACCAUCUCGACCUACAAGUUUUCAACCAUCUCGACCUACAAGUUUUCAACCAUCUCGCCCUCCAAGUUUUCAACCCAGUGUGCCUCCUUAUCCUGGAGACACCUCUGCAAGUUUUCCACCCAGUGUGCCUCCUUAUCCUGGAUACACCCCUACAAGUUUUCAACCCAGUGUGCCUCCUUAUCCUGGACACUCUAAACCUGUCAGCACAGCUCCACCUGCUGCAAGUCCUACUUAUGAUAGCCAGGUAGGAGGCAUUACAAAUGUUCUGAUCACAACAGAAUUGACUAAUAUUAAACUGCUUGGUCAGUUGUGUUUUUCUUAUCAUUUUGAGUUCUUGUUGACCCCCUUAUACGGUUAAAACUUAAAAAUAAACUAUAUCUUAGUAUAUCCACCAUGAUAGAAUGUUCUUGACCCUUGACUCCCUGAGGCAUACUCUCAGAAUCUAACUUCUGGUUUAAUUUACUAUGGAAAUUGGAACUUCUUGUUUCAGUAGCUAUUAUUGCAUAUAUGCUUCUCGAGUAAACUAAUAAGAGACUAAAAUUAUAUGUUCUCAACAGCUUUGCCCCGUUUGUGUUAGUAACUCGAGCAACAUGGCAUUCGGCUGUGGGCAUCAGGCCUGUGAAGAGUGCUCAAGAGGUCUCCCAACAUGCCCUGUUUGUCAAAGCACAAUCCAAACGAGGAUAAAGCUCUCCUUCUAAUUUUUUUUUUUUUUUUUUUAAAGAAUCUCUUUGCUCGUAUGCUUUGUAAUUCAUUAUCAAAAUGACGUAAACAGUGAUUGAUGUGUUUGCAUUCGGUAUCGAGUGAUGGCGUUCUCCUUUGUACAUUAUUUUUUUGGUCUAAGAUAUAUCUUGUUCAUUUCU